AUGGACACAUCUGAACGAAGUAAGAAAGAAGUUGUUGUAUCUGCCGUUCGCAAAGCAUGUGGGCAAGACGGCCACGAUGAAGACGGAGCACAAGACAGCGCCGCCGUAUCUGCGGCGCCUAUUCAUGCACAGCGUACUAGAACCAAGCGAGCCCGGCAUGACUCGGAUGAGGGCGUGGACGAAGACGAGAACAAGAACGACAGCUCGCAACCCGUUAUGGAACAGCGCAAGAGACGCAUCACGCGAGCAUGCGGCCAGUGCCACCGCGAUCGGAAGACUACCAGCUUGUGGGAGGCAGGCUUCGAGCUUACCAACAAACUUGCUGUCAUGAUAGAGACGACUGGGGAGAGCGGCUUCCAGUUUAACGGUGUCACCCCGCCCUUCGUCCGGGUCUUCAUAGUUCAAGACCCUGGAAACUUUAAACACUUCGAGGAUUACGAGCACAACAAGAACCGUGCCGAGAGGCUGCUGGGACUCCUACUGCAGACCGAGGAGAAUUUCGAGAACUCUGUCGUUGACAUCCUGAAGCGUCAGGAUUCGGCCAACCCGGGCGCCACAAACUUGGACUCAGUCCGUAAUGACACCGAGAUCGAUCCGUUGGGAGAGCUAUUUGCUAGCAGUCGCAUUGAUGCGCUGCUAGAGGCGGGAAGCCUCAAGGGGGAGGAGGACCAGGUGGCCGAAGCAGCAGCCCCGAGUCAGUAG